AUGACAUCAUUCGAGCCCGCAACCAAGCGAGCUCGACUUUCUGGUCCAGUAGAGGAAGCUGCUCGAACACCCCAAGCGUGUACAUCCUGUCGAGAGCGGAAGAUCAAGUGCUGCGGCAAUCAUCCAUGUCGCUACUGCGCAAAGAGAAAUCUACAGUGCACUUUCCUGAACAAUGGACGAAAGAAGCUGUAUUCGGUGACUUACGUCGAGGAACUGGAGAGAAAAAUUGCGUCUACUAUUGCGACCACGACUGCAGGUAGCCUCGCCAAUGGCACCCCUCCAGUUGCCACACCCCACAGCACCGAAUUGGAUCAUGAUCUGGGUACAUCCCCGAUCGUCCUGGAACCAACCAUGUCCUCAAGCCUCAACUUUGGAUCCCGGAUCAAAAGUCUGCACUCUGAACAUGUGCCGAAUUCUGUCGGUUCGGUCAGUAUUUGCGACGCUAGUCCAGAUAAUGUUUACAAUCUCGAGCCUGGGGGUGUCAAGCAACGAAGAACAUCGGCAGACAUAACAUGGCCGAGCGAGGAACAAGCGCACGAUCUGCUCAAUACAGUUCUCACAUCUAUCGGGAGUCUGCAGCAUCUCAUCGAUCCGAGAUCGUUUUCCGACAAGCUCUCUAGCUUCUACGAAGAAGACGAAAACCGAGCGCGAACUGACGAUCUCUGCUACAUUGAAGUUUUAAUGAUCUUUGCCUUGGGCGAGUUGCUACAGGGUAAGAUGGAGGAAGGCUCGUCAUUUCCUGGUGCCACGUAUUUUCUUGAGGCUGUCAACAGCCUACCUUCAUUAUGUAAUCUACGGAAAUCGGGCACAUUGGCGAUUGAAAUCAUGGGUCUGUUUGCUUUCUUUCUGCAAUGCUCGGACCGGAAAGACGAUGCGUAUAUCUACGCUGGCGUGGCACUGCGGCUUGCUAUAUCCAAUGGCCUCGCUCGCGAACACCCUAUAACACAGAUGAAGAGAUCUGAGAAAACACAUCGAAAUCGCUUAUGGUGGACCAUAUAUAUGCAAGAGAGGAGGCUGGCCGCCGCAACAGGUAAUCCUGUUGGUAUUCUUGACGACAACAUAACCAUCAAACUCCCCACCGAAUCCGCGGGGUUCCCACCAACGUUGGCGCUGAAGAUCAACAUCGAGAUCGCGAGGUUGAGUGGUUUGAUCACGCAGGGAAUAUAUGGACUCGAGGGAAGAUCUGAAGGGCAAUUCCUGCGCACGGUGCACGACCUCCUUGGGGAGCUCAAAAAAGUGAGAAGAAAUCUUGCAGAUGAGUUUCCCUUGGACUUCUCGAAAACUUUUAUCAUUACGAGGACGGGAGCAACACUCUACUUGAUGCUGUUCCAGGCUAUCAUAUUGACAACAAGACCCAUCAUACUCCAUCUCGCUAAAUCGAAGCUUGAAGGCAACGACGUAGACCUUUCAAAUGCUGCAUCUUCUGCCCUGCAGAUAUUUGCAACGACGUGCAUAGAAGCUGCCGGCAUGAGUCUGGAUGUCCUACACUCGCUCAAGCAACAGGAACUGCUGGCCAAAUUUGGAUAUUUCGAUUUAGAUGCAGCAGUUUCGGCCGCGUUCGUUUUCGUACUUGUCGAAAGCCUUCAAUCUACUGGCUCACCUCGCUCGGGACUCCACGGUAUCCGAGGAGCGACAAGAAUACUUCAGUACCUCAUCAAACAUGGCAACAAAGCCGCUGCGAAACGCAUGUCGGAUGUUGAACAUAUCUGUCAACAUCUCGGUAUCGAGAUUGGCAUCCCCACUGUUGUCGCAAGUCCUGCUGCUGCUGAAGGGCCAUUGGAUAGUACAUAUCACCGAGCUUUACAUGAUCCUGUAUCGUCUGUGGAAGAUACGACGGCUUCCGACGGACCACAUGCAGUAGAGACGUACGAAGAGCCUGCCCUAGACACUGAUUGGCGUCAAGCUCUCUUCGAACUACCCGAUCAUUCUAGUCACCUCCCAAACAGCUUGGAAUCGAAUAACGAAUUGUAUGGCAUACCCUCCAUUGACGACAUCAGCGACUUCAACCUCGAUUUUGGUAACGACUUCAUACUGACAGGAGCCGACGAGAUAGACUGGGAGGAGUUCGAGCGACAGAUCACCCGCAAUCAAUGA